AAGCAGUGCGUACAUGGAAUUGUGUUCACGGCGCGAUUUUCCUCAUUUUUCCGUUCGGAUAGUUUGUGCGUUUCUCAAACACGGUUCGCUGUUCUCGGUUCUCCAGCGGCGGCGGGGUGGCAAUUCGAAAUUCAACUCGAAAAUCCCCAUCGUCGUCAUCGUCAGCCGGAAGUUCCGGGACGCGGUAGUGUACGACGAACCUCCGGUGAUAUGUACCUUCGCGGUGGCUAGUGCUUUGUGUGGACCACGGUGUGUAUGUCGGAUGCUGCUACCGGCCGCGCGCGACCUCUAACCCUAUCCGAAGGGAUGAUAAUCGCGUGUCUGCAUUAGCGGAGAUCUCCUCCACGAGCUUCCAGAGUGAGAACGAGAGCAAAUACAUUAUCUCAAAGUGGAAUCAGCACACAAUGGAUGACACACGAGUGGCAAUAAAUAAAUACUGCGACCGGUGACGGAACAUAGAUAAAAAAAAGAAGAGAAGAAAAAAAAGUGCAGAAGCAAUCAAUUAGUGAAUUUCGGAAAAAUCAAGCCUAAUGAAAAUUUGUUCCAAUAGUGUGAGUUCCGGUGGAUGUGUUUUGUGUUUAUCCCCGCCGUUUUCUCGUCCUCUUUUGCUUACCUUCUCUCGGUCGGUCAGGUGAGAUCAUUCCCGCUUUCUACAAAACAAAACGCAGAGCAAAGGAAGCGCGCACAGCGUUUCGCGGACCGCCUGCUGCAAAAUUAAUGAUCGUCUGACCGGACUGCGAAAUUAAAAGCCCCAAAUUCGCGUGGCGCGCAACGAGCCCACGGAAGACGCUCUCUCCGGGUGCUUCUGCAGGUUGGACCACUGGUUGACUGACUCUGCUGCCGAGCUUUUGGGUUUCUCGUUUUGCGGGCGGAAAUAAUCCGAGCCGCAUAUCCCGUUAUAGUGAGCGGGUUUAAAAAUCUCGGGCGUACAGAAAUUACAUACCGACUGAGGCGCGAAAUAAAAAGGCCCGCCGGAAAUUGAGUUCGCAGAUUCGCGUGCUCUGGCAGAAUUUUUUCACGCAUCGUUAGGCAUCGCGUCGUGUGAUGCGGGAAGCUACCAUGGGAUGGCUCGAAAGCAGGGCCUUCAUCCCAAAACUAGGUGCUGCUGCCGCAGCAAUGAAUAAUUAAUCGUAGCUCGUAUAUUAUUGACGAUGUCUGGACCGGCUAUCGGAAACAUAUUUAUUCCGAAGCAAUGCUCGCGUUUAAUUAAAAAUCAGAGGGCCGAAACUGUGUGUGAGUGAAUUGUUUUUGAUGCCAGUGGCGAAGGGAAGUGGAGAUGAGCAUAGAACGACUGUCGUCAAUAAACGCAAAAACGACAUUGUGCGCCGUGGGAUUAAUGUGAUCUAAUUUAUCCAACAAACGGUAGAUUCGAAACCAUUUACCUGAAGCCGGUAAAAGUGUGCCAAAGUUUGAUAGGAAAGUGUUAACUCGAUUGAAUUUCAACAAAAAUUGCCAACCAAGAGUGAAGAAAAAAAAAAUAAUCAAGUGCCAACGUUUUCACCCGAGUUUAUUUAUUUCCGAAAGCAGUGAAAGCAGCCUCCGGAAGAAAAAUGGUGGAUAUUAGCUCAAUCAUCGAGGGAUCCGUCAAGUUUCGAGACGGCAAGAAGUGGAAAUCUCGAUGGUGUGUUAUGCGAAAACUAUCCCCGGUAGCAGACUGUCUCCAUCUGCAGCUGUACCGGGACUCCAAAGAUCGCUACAAAAAUGGCCAGACGAAGGCUUCGCUCUCGCUGCAGCACUUCCUCGGCGUCGAGACCGGCUUCACGCUGGACAAAGAGUCCAACACAAUAGCAAUAAUCUGUCAGGACGUGAUAGUGGUGCUUGCGUUCGACACCCGGGAAAGACUGAUACAGUGGCAGGUCAAAAUAUCCAACAACUUGGGAGAUGACUUGCAGUACUUGGUGCUGGUCUCGUCGGCGCCGCCAAAAGCUAAACUGUCGACGGGACCAGCACGGAUGCACGUUCAGGAUCAUCGAUUUUGUUUGACGACGGGCGUUCCACCACGACUGACUGGCAUGUGGAACAUUCAACAUCUCAGACGGUACGGAGUCGUAGAUAAUCGGUUCUGCUUCGAGGGAGGAUCGAGCUGUGGGAAGGGCGAGGGUUUGUACGUAUUCGUAACGGAUCUGGGGGAUGAGAUUACGCAUGCCCUGAAGUUGGCGUCACAGGGUAAACUCGCUACGAAGAAGCGAGCAGCUGCGAAGAAAAUUACAGCAUUGGAUAGCCCCCGGAAAGGAGCGGAGUCACGUUGCACUCACUACAAUGACGACAUCUGCACGGUACAUAUCGAGAACUCGACAUGUACCUGCCGAACGGCUUAUUGGCCUUCGGCAGAGUCCAGAGAUCUGGAUAGUAACUAUGGUUGUGGUGAUACGGCUUCCGUUUCCGAAGGACACGACAGUAUCAACGAAAUGGAUUCAUUCCCUAGGAGUACCGUCGCCAACUUGGAGCGUUGCAUGAGCUGCAUCUCCAAGCUGGGCGCUCCCUCGAUGUCCCGCAGUUCGACCGUUACGGGAACGCCGGGAGCGGUCGCACCAACGCCCGCCUGGCACACGAUGACUGAACACAACAAUCACAUCAACCAAUCGCACAUUUCCAAAACCCCCGCUCUAGAUAGGAUGUCGCUAUGUUCGCACGGUAGCAGUAACAACUCGGAGUAUUCCAUCCCCCGGCAGACCUGUGCCCCGAGUCAACCAAGCGCUGAGUCCUGGUACGAGAAGGUCCCUGCCACGCAGUUCACCUGCAUGCACAAUCGGCCCACCUCCCCGUGCCAGUGUUGCCCACCGGGAAGACCACCGAAACCCAAAGAAAUCCCACUGCACAUCACCGCUCCCAUUCAUUCGGCCAUCAUGUCUUGCCGACCGUCUCAGCCAAAUGCGGCCGUUGGUCCCUACGAAAACUAUGACAUCCCAAAGAUCCCGGUCGCUGUCGAUGAAAGCGGUAGCGCAGCGGAGAACUACGACACACCUAAGAAAAUACAAGAGUACCUGUCCAAAGAGACGCCGAGUGGUGAUAAGGGAGAUGUGGGUAGCUACGGUAACUACGACACGCCUCUUUCGCUGAGUAAGGCCGUCUGUGGGUGCCUCAGUGGAGUCCAGCAAAGCGUAACGCAGCACGCGAAGGAAUUGGGGGGUCCUAGGGUCGACUGCACGUGCAAUAGGGUGAUGUCCUGGGCUGAUAAUUGGAUAUCACUGCCGCUGUGCAAGCGAGGGAACGGAAUUGAAAAUACGGGUGUACAUAUUAAUAAGGUUAAGCUAAGUGGCGAGGGUAAGAUGCCGGUUGUGGACGCUAGCAAUGAGAAUGCUAUCUACGCAACCGUAGAUAUGACUAAGAAGAUUCGUAAUCGACUGGAGGGAUCGUGUGAGUGCAAGACCGAAGCCGAAGGCACCAAGGAUAAGAGCGAUGGUAGUUACAACAACUACGAGGACGUGGAGAUACUUCCCGCGGAUCAGAAAUCCAACUACGCAAACUUGGAGUUCGAGAGAUCACUCGAAAACUACGAAAAUUCCAAGGAGGUCCUACAGAGAGCUGGUCUCUCGAUGCAGGACUUCGAGGAGGAGCAGAAGAUCUGCCAUAAGUGUGGUCAUCCCAGCGCAAAAACUCCGGAGGCUGAACAAACCAAAGCUGAGACUCAGGCUGCAGACAAACAGGAAAAUUACAUGAUGAUGGAACCAGCUAUCAACAAGUCCAAAUUUCCAGGCUACAUCCCGAUGUCUCCGGCCGCCCAAACAGCGGCAUCGGAUGCAGAGCCCCCACCCGCAUCACCAACGGCUCCUCCGUUACCGUUCAAAUCCGACCUACUUAAGCAACGGAUGAGCCGAAUCAUCGGCGAAAAAUCCGCCAGCAAUCCGAGCCUUUGUGGUCCCGCGGUUGAUCGCAGUCGGAAGCGGAUCGACGACGAAACGCGAAUUCCAGGAAGUGCCAUGUUGAAAGCGUCCACCAGUCCGUACACCCGCAAACAACUGCUGGAUCACAGUGAUUUGCUUCCAUGUGAUAAGAAGCUGUCGCCCCGAAAGAGGUCAGCCUCGGCCGAAUCCUCCCGCUUCCUGGAUGAAGGUGAGGAAGUGUACAGUCCACUAAGCGGGACCGCCUCGCCCAGUAUGGAAACAUUGCGAAAACCUAUGGCCACCGCGUGUAACAUCGAAAUCCGACGAUCGUCCUCACCCUGUGUGCACCAAGGAACCGGAAUGUGCUCUGGUGACAUGUGUUGCUCAAAAACAGCAGCCGAAACAGAGGAUGAAAUUUCCGUUUCCACCAACCCUAGUCAAAACUCGCAAUCCGUUUACAUCCGAAGAUCGGAAAGUGUUCCAUGCAAGGCCCAGAAUAGAGAUAGUUCUAGCUCCAAUGACUCCGGCGUCUCAACCGGCUCGUUGCGGCAGCGCGGAACCGACUUCACCGAAUUCGAGCUGCCUCUGACGACGGCGAUGUCCGCGCGGAGACACCAGCGCCACGUGAUACCUCAACAGAACUGCGUACAUGCGUCCCUUCCUCGUCGGUCGAAGUCAUUUGAUCCACUGCGCGAGUUGUCGUUCCAGUUCCAGAAAAGUCGCGUUCCAGAGAAGAGCACUUCGGCCGAAGCGGAGGUUCCAAUUUGUCCGCCCAAAACAAAAAUGUACGGAAGUCCGGAUAUUAUGGCGGCCACCACGGCACCGUACAUCGAUUCCAGGAGCACCAGCAGUGGCACAUCGGACAUGUCCGAUUACAUUGAAACGCUGUCGCUGUCCAGCCACAGCUCGUCCGAUACGCCCGAGGGAAUGAGACACAUUCGGCAAGCUACUUCGACGCUACGACCCCGGUCUGGUAAGGAAUACCAGAACAUCGACCGAUCGAUUUUGGCCCUCACACAAGCGGGUAGUGAAACUUCGUUGAAACAUCCGGGCGCACCUUCCCAGCUGCGCGGACUGCUGUCCUGCUCGGCGAACUAUGCCAACAUCACGCCCGUUCCGGAGAAUGCCGAGUCACCCAGCCCGGGCUACCAGAGUGGAAGCUCGCCACAGGAUACCCAGGGUCAGCACUUUAUGUUUAAGAACUCGUCUUAGGUUGGUGAAUAUCAUCGUCACAAACCGGUCUGCAAAUGAAAGCAAUAAGAACUAACUUUUAGAUUUAAGCAUAACCACGUAAAAGAGAAUCAAAAUUACCUAUCUAUCUAUAUACACAACACACAGACAAACAAUAAGAGCAAAAUAGUGCGAAAAAAAAAUUUUUUUUUGUUGUGGUGAAAACUCGAAAACCACCUACACAAACAACAGAAGCUAAUGACUAUCCUAUACCACCAUCAUUGUGAGUAGGCUGGAGUAGGUGGGUUGAGAAUUGAAAGUACAGAGAGCAAGUGGAGGUAACGAUUUCGGUUCCGUCCUUCUUCGCAUUGUUCGUAAUAAUUGUUUCGCUUUGGAUUGGAUUGUUCACCUCCGGGGCAAAUAUUUUUCCCGUCCCGGAUUUCGGGUGUGGAAGCCUCCGGCUGUGGACAGAGGUUCCCCGCCACGGUAAACAAAGAAAAAUGAAGCGGAAAAUGGGAAAUUGUUCUUCCAGGUUUUACAUUCGGAGAAGCACAGAGCCGCCGGCCGGAAGGUAAACACUACAUUUUUAGCCGUAGCAAUGUGUUGUUUUUUGCAGAAUAUCCGGAGCGUUCAGUCGUUUGCUGGGCGAGAGGCCAAAUUCCAAAUCGCAAUCCGAAGACGUAAAUAAAUAUCGAACGUUGGAAAUCGGUCGAGAACCGAAACAUUUAUUUCUCAGGCCCGUUAUCGCCUAGGUUAUAUUUUUCUUACUGCUGUUUGUUUUCAAGAAAGUAAGCAUUGUUCGUCGAAACUAUGUCUUAUUGAGUUUUGACUCAUUCAGCCCAAUCGCUGGCAAAAUCAAAUAGUGCAGACCGCCUUCCCUCAUUUGUUCUGUUGAAGAAGUUAGUACCGGUAGGAAGGUUUACUUCAUGUUUUCCACACAUUUUUGCGAAAGAGACUGAGAAUGCGCUUCGGUUGCUUCGGUGCACUCCAAUCAACAUGGUUGGAAAGUGCCGCAUACCGGCCGAGAAGCGAACAAUUUUAUACAAUCUUCAAACACAGGAUAUCAAACAACAACGACUUUUUAUUGUUUUUGUUAUAGGUAAAGCUGAGUGUACUACAAGAGAGUAUUUUGUUGUACUGCGCUUUGUUGGUAAAAGACAGAAUGAGAAAGGCAAACACCCAUUCGGAUACGUGUAGAAUUCCAAAGGAGUAAAAACAAAAAUCAGAGCGAAAGUUUCAAUCGAAACUUUUUAUCCAAGUGCUAGUCUAAGCUAACGAAAGCCCCGUUUUAAACCGAAAGCAGGAAGUUAUUGUUGUAAAUAUAUAUAAAUGAUACAGAAGAAUAUACAAUUUGUGUAAUAUAAACGAUUGCCAAAAUAUCUAUUAUGAAAUAUUUAUUGAUAUACUUACCGCAUACCUAACAUAAAUGCAUAUAACCCAAAAACAACACAAACACUAGAAUAUACCAAUGAAGAACUUUUUUUUCGAAAAUUGUAUAUCUGGGGAGGACGAACCCUAACAAAAAAAACUAUUUUCUAUGUACAUAGAGCAACACAUUUUUAGAGUCCAUAUCUCAUCUGAGGGCCACUUUCAUCUCACUCAAGUCCACUUAAGAUUUUUACCCUUUCUUUCACUAACCUUUCACUUAAACCAAGAAAAAACACUAUUUAAAGGGGAAAACCAUACACAGCUCAUACUCAUUACUCUAUCUACACCUAAAUGACACAAGAGGAAGCAAAAUACACUUAUCGAACCCAUAAAGUCAUGAAAACGAAACACUAGUAAACAAAUCAAAUAAUAGCAUAAAUCGUUACUCGAGACUAGAGAAAGAGGAAGACGAAAACAAAACCGACAUUCAUUUUUAUGAUCAUUUCAGCGAUGGUUUCGAUAUACGGCUAGCAAAAUUCAACCACAAAAACAAAAACGAACUUAAAAAAAACAACAACUAGCUAAAUUCGGUAGUGAUUGGUAGAGAGAGUAUCGGAGCAAUCAUUAUUUUUAUUUCAACAAAAAACACUCGAACAUAAAAGACAGGUCCAUUAGGGACGCGGUGAGUCGGAAGCGAUUCUUGUUUUUAAGAGGAGGAUCUUCGCAGGUGCCGUUUUACAGGAAAAUAAAUUAAAACCCAUACACUCACACGAAACAACACAUAAAAACAUUCACACACAUACACCCACGUACGGUAGUGUCGAUGCGGAGCAGCAGAAAAAAGGGUGAAUCUAGGGAAAACACAAGAGAGGGUGAAAUGCGCGCUUUCCGAAGGUUAUUUAUUGCGUUCUUUUUUAUUAUGAAACUGAUGAAACAUUGUGACGUAGAAAUAUUUAUAUUUUAUACAAAAGUGAGGUGUUUGAUUUCGGAAACGUCGCCGAAAAUAGGAACGCGAGAAGGAAGAGAGAAAAAAAUCUUGUAAAUAGUAUUUCUAUUUCGGGGCGGAGCAUUAGAAGCGGGCGAUGAAAAUGUAAUCGAUAAUCGGUUUGUAAGGUAUGGAUUAAACCCCGCUGGGGAGAAUGAAAAAAAGCACAGAAAAAUACACACCACAAGGGGAUGCAAGUGAAAAUACAACAUGUAUGAAGGAAGUUGAAAUUAUACACGAGCAAGUCCAAAUAAAAGCUAUCGAAACUUUCAUAAA